UUUAUUAGUGACGUUCAAGCAAUCCACGAGUAACCAUACCGACACCAAUACUGUGUAUACAGCGUACAAUGUAACAGCGGAUUUUAUUAUUUCUGCUAAGGUAUCGAAUAUUGUGUAUUAUUUCUAAAUUGAUAUUGAGAUUCAAUAUUAUAUAUUAUUAGUUAUAUAGAUAUACUAACAUGAACAUAAGAAAGAUAUUAUUUCCAUAUUCUGGACCAUGGACGUCUGAAUAUUAUAAUAAGUUCUUUCACCCAAAUCUUUGCCACGUUUGCAAGAAGACUACGGAAAUGAUAAAUUUGACAACAUGCGAUAGGUGUUUCUCCAUCUCUUACUGCUCCAAAGAUCAUAAAAACCUGCACCUUCCUCAACACCACGAGAUUUGCAUAGCUAUAGAAAAAUCCUUAAAGAACAAUCCGCAAUAUCUCACUCACCGUUUUAGUCUGGAGGAAUGGUUGGAAGCGCAGGAUGAAUUUUAUUGCUCAAUUAGACAGAAUUUAGGGCGUCUAUUUAAGAAGUAUGAAAAGCAAAUGUUAACCUACGCUAGAAUAUGCUUUAUUUGUCAUCAGCAGACCGGACUGUAUUCCUGCAAAAAAUGUUUGUCCGUCGACUAUUGUCUAGAACACAAGGAAGAAUGCGAACAGCAACAUGAACAAAUCUGCGACCAUUUAACAAUGUGGCUCAACUCUGAACUCUUAAAUAUUCAGUAUGAAAGUAAAGUCUCAUUAUCGUUAAAAUUUAUAAUGUUCCCUGAUAACAAUGGAUCUUUCAAUAAUAUGACAGAAUUUAUACAAGAACAUGUACAAAACAGAAAGGGCGAAUGGAACGUUUUGGAUUAUAUUUGUUCCGAUUUCAUAUCAGGACCACUCUCGGUAUAUUAUGAAGCAGAUUCCAUAGAAAGAAACGGUUUACCAGCUUGGGAAAUAUUGUUACAUCUUUUCCCAAAUAUACAAGUGCUAAUAGUUGUAUUGUUAGGAACAGACUUACAAUUUGAAUUUGAUACGCAGGAUAUUUGUCAGCGUUGCGUUUACAAUAAGAAGAAAUUCAUCUAUGAAUGUUGUGGUAUGUUAUAUAGCAAUUAUAUGACCAAUCCGAUGUAUGGAAAGGCGAACUUGAUUGUAGGUUUUCAAAUAUUCGAAACUGAAUCAUUGACGAAUGAAUGUUUAAAAACAAUGCAAUCUCAGGAAUGUCCUGUACUUUUAACCACUUUAGAGCGCAGAAUAUUUCAUACCAUAGUUGAAAUUCAGAAAGUUCUGGGUAGAGAUGUAUGUCCUGUUACCCAUAUUGAAAAUAAAUUCACGUCUCUAAGACCACACAGAGAAUCUAAAUAUAUUUUUUAUCGUAAUUCUUUUUUGAUGCUUUACAAAACAUUAAACAAUACAAACAGUACGACUGAAAGCAGUAGUGAAGGAAAUAGCGUAUAA